ACCUAACGUGUGCGCUCUGCAGCAGGUCAUGGGGACCAAGAAGAAGUACUUCAGCACGUGUCGUAAUUGGUAUCAAGGGGCCAUCUGUGGAAAGAAAGCGUAAGUGACUUUAGUUUUUUUGGGGGGGGCUCCUCUAGGACACAUUCUUUCCUCUGGGUUCAAAGAUGAAUAAUAUGACACUGCUAGGUUUAGGGUGAGAGCUUUGAUAGGGACCUAUGUAUAGACCACAGAGAUGUGUCCCAAAUGGCACCCUAUUCCCUAUAUAUUGCACUACUUUUGACCAGAGUCCAUAGGGGGUCAUAGGGCUCUGGUCAAAAGUAGUGCACUAUACAAGGAAUAGGGUGCUAUUAGGGACAAAGACAUGGACCAAGGAAUGAUGUAGUCCCAUGUGCCACACAUAAAUGUCCAAAUGGACAUAGGAUGAUCCCUAGUGCCAUGGAAACUCAUAUGGCCCACAUAACCUCAGAAACAACAAUAAUUACAAUAAAUAACAUAAAACAACAACAUCAUAAUUAUUACAUAUAUGCAUGAUAACUUAAUUCAUGGUGGGUUGCAUUAAAUUGUUUCUUUUCUGGCACGUAACACGUGCCUCUCAGGACAAAGAUGUGUCACACGUUAAGUAUCAGGCAUGUGGAGAAGCGAAGUGAGUUGUUUUUUGGGGCUUCCCAGACCUCCCUGGGUCAAAUAGAAUGGGGUCAACACUGAGGUAGGUGAGACAUUUAGCCUCAUUGGAAUCAGGGUGUGUAACAGCACUUAUUGGCCUUUCUGAGCUUUUGAUAGGUCAUGGGGGUAUAGGGUUGGUUCAUAGUAGUGGUUAUACAGGUAUGUGUUAUUAGGACAGAUUAUGACGGGGAUGGUUAUGGUACGGAUUAUCCACGGUAAUGUGUCAAAUGGUACAGGAUUAUACGGCAGGGUUAUGGUCACGGAAUACACAGGGCUGUGUAUGUACGGAUUAUACGGGGUAUGUGUUAUGGUUGGAUUAUACAGGGUAUGUGUUAUGGUAUGUGUGUAGAGUUUGAGGAGUUUGAGGUCAGGGAGUUUGAGGAUAUGUCCCAAAUGGCACCCUAUUUCCUAUAUAGUGCACUACUUUUGACCAGGGCCAAUAGUAGUACAUUAUAUAGAGAAUAGGGUGCCAUUUGGGACGCAGAUGGAGUUUUAGGGAAUAUAACAAAGGUCUGUGUUAUCUUUGACUCAUUUUGCCACUAACAUCAGAGGAAUGUCUAACGUAGAAGGAUGACCUACCAUCUAAUACCCUCUCAUUUUCAUCCAUGUUGAGAAACAAAGAGACCUUUAAAGGAAAUAUGCCUGAACUUGAACUUGAGAGAGAGAGUAGUUGAGAAGGAUAGGUUUAAUUAACAUAAAAAUGAACAGCACUCAAGAUUAAUCUAGGAGGAUGACGGACCAUCAAAUACCUUCUCUUCAUCUAGGGUAUGUUGGGAAACAAAGACUACUCUGAAGGAGAGGAGUUCAGAGGGUUUAGAAAUGAACGUCAAAGGAAAAAGAUUUAAGAUUAUACCUAAGCAAGCCUUCAACUCUUGCAUGAAACAUCAAUGCACAAUCCCAUGCAUUAUAAAGGUCCUGGUUACUAUGGUUAUGAUGGUUAUUAUGGUAUGGUGAGUGUGGUCGCAUGUAGGGACGCCACAGUGGUGCACCGCUGGAUCCUGGCUCUGAUAGGGCAGCAGUGUGUCAGCCAUAUUUACUGGUUGGAGGUUGAUACAGUGGAAACUCUCUGAGUACAGACAAAGAGGACAGAGCCCACAUAGUACAGAGAGGUUUCCCACAUAUUGCUGCUCACACAAACAGACACGCAGUACAACCACAUAGUAUAACAACCACAUGGUACUUCAAAGAACAGAAUGGCUCCCAUGGUUCCAGCUCUCUUAUUGACUUUCUGAUCCAUGCUGGACUCAUGUGCUAGCUAUGCUCUUGGAUGAUGAGUAGUGUUCUAUGCUAGCUAUGCUCAUGGAUGCUGAGUAGUGUUCUAUGUUUUUGGAUGCUGAGUAGUGUUCUAUGCUAGCUAUGCUCUUGGAUGCUGAGUAGUGUUCUAUGCUAGCUAGCUAUGCUCUUGGAUGAUGAGUAGUGUUCUAUGCUAGCUAUGCUCCUGGAUGCUGCGUAGUGUUCUAUGUUUUUUGAUGCUAAGUAGUGUUCUAUGCUAGCUAUGCUCCUGGAUGCUGAGUAGUGUUCUAUGCUAGCUAUGCUCCUGGAUGCUGCGUAGUGUUCUAUGUUUUUUUAUGCUGAGUAGUGUUCUAUGCUAGCUAUGCUCCUGGAUGCAGAGUAGUGUUCUAUGCUCCUGGAUCCUGAGUAGUAUUCUAUGCUCCUGGAUGCUAAGUAGUGUUCUAUACUCCUGGAUGCUGAGUAGUGUUCUAUGUUUUUGGAUGCUGAGUAGUGUUCUAUGUUAGCUCUGCUCCUGGAUGCUGAGUAGAGGUCUUUUCUCCUGGAUGCUGAGUAGUGUUCUAUGCUCCUGGAUGCUGAGUAGUGUUCUAUUCUCCUGGAAGCUGAGUAGUGUUCUAUGCUCUUGAAUGCUGAGUAGAGGUCUAUUUAAUUGGUUGCUGAGUAGUGUUAUAUGUUCUUGGAUGCUGAGUAGUGUUCUAUGUUCUUGGAUGCUAAAUAGUGUUCUAUGUUUGUGUAUGCUGAAUAGUGUUCUAUGCUCUUGGAUGCUGAGAAGUGUUAUACGUAGCUAUGCUAUUGGAUGCUGAGUCGCAAUAGUGUUCUAUGCUAGCUAUGUUCUUGGAUGCUUAGUAGUGUUCUAUUCCAGUUAUGCUCUGCAACAUAGAACACUGAUACACAGCUAAGGAAUGUGAUCUAUGUUGAUGAGGAAUUUGUCUGUCAUAUUAUUCUAUGGAAUCAAUCAAACCACAGUAUCCAUGCCAAGGCACCACCAUCAGGGUGCACAGAACAUUGUGUUCUUUAAAAAAAAGGAGGAUCAGCUUGAGCAAAGUGAUGUGUAGAAUCACUGAUCUACAAAUAGUAUUCCCUGCCAAAUAAUAGGCUUUGUCGAACCCGGGUCCAACGACUGUCAAGCCAACACCUUAACCAUUACACCAACAGGUCCAAACCUCUUGGUGUAACAGUUAAUGUGUUGGCUUGACAUUCACUGGAUCAGGAUUCGAGUCCCAGUCGGGGCUACCCUCUGAAUUUGCUACAACAAUCUUCCAUGGUUGGUUUCAUUGACUGUCCCCUUAAACUGCCCCUAAUUGACCCAUUUUAUGCUACAACUUCCGAGUCUGUUGGAGAGGAUCAGCUAGAGCAAAGUGAGGUGCAGAAUCACUGAUCUACUAAUAGCAUUCCCUGCCAAAUAAUAGGCUUUGUGCAAUUAAGAUUCGUAGAGCUACGUCUCCUGACUUAGGCGAUCCCCCCACCAAACACUCACCACAACCAGACAUCGAUUGAUUGAUUGAUUGGAGACAGCUUGUUUCAAUUAAAGAACAUUUCCUAGCAUUGUCUACCUGCAGCAACCUAAUGGAUAAUGCUGGAUAGAAAACCCCUCACAAAAAACAACCAAAACAACUGACACUGCACAAGGUACGGAUUACAUAAUGAUAGGCCACAUCAUUAGUAAUGAUGUGUUUAUUGGAAACAGCACAGUUUUCUCCAUUGACCACAUGCCAAUACUACAGUAGUAUUGGUUUAGCUGGCUGACAUACAGAGAUCUCCAGUCUAAAGUAGAGCUGCUGACCAGACAGAGGGAAGUUUCCAACCCCGGGGCCAGGCCAGAGGGAGUCUUGGGUCUCCUGUAUGUGCGUGGGAGAGUGGAGAUGGUUUUGCUGACUGUGCCUCAUCAGGGCAUGUGUGAUCUCAUGCCUGGCUCAUCCCCCCACUCCUCCUCUCCUCUUCUCUGUGUUUCCAGGGGCUAAGUUCAAAAGAAGGCAACUAUGGCAGUCAGCCAUGAGCCAUGAGCCAUGAGCCAUGAGCCAUGAGCCAUGAGCCAUGAGCCAUGAGCCAUGAGCCAUGAGCCAUGACCUCUCCUCUCCUCUCCUCUCCUCAUUUGUGUCCCUAUUGGCACCCUAUUCCCUCAAACUCAACUCUGGACCUCGAAGCCAGUUCCACUGCGUUUUUUCAUAGUUGCCCUCUAAUCAGGGACUGAUUUAGACCUUGGACACCAGGUGGAUGCAAUUAAUUAUCAGGUAGAACAGAAAACCAGCAGGCUCCGGACCUCAUAGGGUCAGAGUUGAAUACCUCUGUCCUAUAUAGUGCAAUACUUUUGACCAGAGCCCUAUGGGUCCUGGUCAAAGUGGUGCAUUAUAUAGAAAAUAGGGUGCCAUUUGGGACGUAGCCCCUCUCCUCGUACGGCAGGCCUUGACCUGCUCUGUUUCUGUCUGCUGACUCUUACUGAGGGACGAUAGCUUUGUGUGUGCGUGAGAGCAUGAGUGCGUGAGUGCGUGUGUGAGUGCUUGCGUGCAUGUCUGUCUGAGGGAUGAGCCGUGGAUGACAGCUCUGAACAACCCACCACACUGUAGUCUCAUCGUCUGUCUCUAUGAAGGAAACAAGCCACUGUAAACCUCACUCCAUCCUGCCCUCGACCCCCUCUCUCUCCACUCAAACUCUGUUGAUUUAGACAAGGCUGUCUUGUCCUAUUAUGGACCCAGCUACCACUGGAACACUGGAGAACAUGUGGAAAUGUUUUUCUGGUUUGCAGACGUCCCAGUGGGACCACUGAUGAAGAAGCACAGCUGGACUAAAGUUCCAAGCCACCAGAAUGAGCAACAGACUGAGCAACAAGCAACCAUUACUCAAAAACCAUUACUCUGGAGAAAAGAAACUAAACUCCCUACCAUCAUCCAGACAUGAAUUAGUGAGUUAUCUAGGUUCAGCAUCAUGCAGGGUGAGCUCACUGGGCACAGACAUCAAUUCAACGUCUAAUUUUGUUAAAAUAACUUGGAAACAGCGUUGAUUCAACCAGUGUUUGCCCAGUGGGAGGGUUCAUACAGCAUAAAGCUUUCUCCAGAGAUCUGACAUUUCAGUUUCACAACCAUGUAAGGUCUGGUCAACAUCAAACUGGACAUCUAUUUCCUACUAUAGCCUACUUCAUGUAUCAUUGUUAUUUGUAUAUUCAGCAUUUGCUGGUUUGUUGUACUGUUUAGAAUUUCUGCAGACGAAAACAGUGGAAUAGCAUGCUGUCCAGGGGUGUACUUGUACAUCAAGCUGCCUCACGUCUGCCUCUGGCUCAGAAAAGGCUUACUUACAUUUUACAUUUUAGUCAUUUCUUCUUCUUAAACAGUGGAAUACACCCUGUGGCAUUUACUGGCAUAUCAUAAAGCAAGGUCUGUGAGUUCUCCUCUCUCAACAAUACCUCUGGCUCUGCACAAAUUGAAGCAUCAUUGUUCUGCUUUAACGAGUCAUGUCAUGGUUUAUGAGGUGUGGGAUUAUGAAAUGGACUAGCUAGGUGGUUCUAAGCUGCUUCCCAAAUGGCACCCUUUUCCCUUUAUAGUGCACUACUUUUGAUCAGUGCCCAUAGGGCUCUGGUCAAAAAUAGGGCACAAUAUAUAGAGUAGGGUGAAAUUUAGGACUCAGAUAGUGUCCUUCUUUAGUUUUUGUCUAUUAAAACAAACAGAGCUGGAAGGACUCUGCUUAUAAUUAAUUAAACUCUGAUGCCAACUUGGUGCCCAUGUGGUACUGUUUAGAGUUUUAAUAGCUAUAGGGGAGCUGAUUACCACUAAAGAGAGAGAUGGAGAGUAGUUACGGGGCCUCUGGGGUUUUUCAGAGUGGAUAAAUCAGACUUUCACUGUACUGUAACUCUCACUCACGCUCAAAGCGUGCACAAACACACACACACACACACACACACACACAGACACACACACACACUCUCUCUCACAGACACACACCCAUGAACACGCACACACAUGCUCAGACAUGCUGAUCUACAGGGUAAGGCCAUUUAUAUAGCUAACAGCUGCAGGUUGGAUUUCCCCAUCUUCAUAUCUUAAUAAUUCUUUGUAGUAAUGUAUAGCUACUGUGUCCUGUCCUGUUUCCAUUCAAUCAGAAUAAACAGGACUUCACUUCACAUGUUGGUACAAGUCUCAAAACAUCUAACAGCUGUCUGAGUGGAUGAGAUUACUAAACAUCAGAAUUUGAUACAGUCCAUGUGCAGUGUCAUAAGAAUACAUGGGAUAUGUCCCAUUUGGCUUCCUAUUACCCUUUAUAGUGCACUACUUUUGAACAGGGCCCAUAGGGCUCAGGUCAAAAGUAAUGCACUAUGAAGGGAAUAGGGUGCCUUUUGGGACACAACCCAGAUCUGAAAGCAUCAGUUUUGAUACAGUUCAUGUGUACUACAGAGGUGUCAUACAGAUACAUGAUGAUGUUAAACAGUUUCCCAGCUAACAAUUAUAGGGAGAGAAAAGGGUUUUGUAAUGUUACCCGUAAUGUUCCCAUAAUGUUUGAGUGUCCAGUUUUCCAUUAGUUAGGGGAACGGUCUAUCUAUGCUAGCAAAAACCUUCUGAGAACAUUUUUAGCAUGUUUUGGUGUAAAGUGUUAGGAGAGCAUUCCCUUAAUGUCAAAAAGAAAAUACCUAUAACGUGGUUACCAUGUUCUCAGAAUGUACAAUGAUAAUGUUCUAGACACGAUUCACAGGAUGUUGCAAGAACAUUAAUAUGUCCAUUUGUUUUUGUGUUAGGAGAAUGUUCCAUCAACGUCCCACCAAACAUACACAGAACAUGGUUGCCAUGUUCUCCGAAUAUAAGAUAUUAAUGUUCUAGACAUGUUUCAUGGGAAAGUUGCAAGAACAUUCACAUGUCCAGUUUUCUGUGGGUUAGGAGAUUAUUCCAUCAACGUCCCCCCAAACGUCCCCCCAAACAUACCAAGUUUAUUUGACUUAUUUUUUUACAAAUCCAUCUGUUUAAGCUAUACUCUUAGAAAAAAAGUGCUAUCUAGAACCUAAAAUGGUUCUUUGGCUGUCCCCAUAGGAGAACCCUUUGAAGAACCCAUUUUGGUUCCAGGCAGAACCCUUUUGGGUUCCAUGUUGAACCCUUUCAACAGAGGGUUCUACAUGUAACCCAAAACGUUUCUACCUGGAACCAAAAAGGGUUCUCCUAUGGGGACAUCUGAAGAACCCUUCUGGAACCGUUUUUUUAAGAAGGUAGAGAUAUCUGUUUUUUUGCAUGGGCUGCGUCUCAAUCCACCGCAUCCACCGAUAUCUCCCUGGCAGAGCUAGAGCGAUGUUUGUCAGACCAUACGACAUCCCGAAAAUAGGUCUUAUCACAAAAACGUCUAAAGCGUCCGAACGUUUUGGCCUACCCCUCUGUGGAAAGACUCUCACGAUGGUGUUCUCCGUUUUGCUCAACGACAAGCAUCAAGGGACUCGUCUGAAAUCGGUACAGCCUCUUCUGACAACUUCUGUCUGUAGCGUCCGAACAGUUUGGGCUACACACUAAUAUGUGUCUCUCACGAACACAUACAUGUCGAUUGUUUUGCUGUAGGAUGCCCACAAGCCUCAUCUGAAGGUCCCCAGUACCAGUUAAUAAAAUGAAUGGAAAUACACUGAACAAAAAUAUAAACACAACAUGUAAAGUGUUGGUCCCGUGUUUCAUGAGCUGAAAUAAAAGAUCCCAUUUUAUUUCUCUAAAAUGUUGUGCACAAAUUUGUUUACAUCCCUGUUAAUUUCUCCUUUGCCAAGAUAAUCCAUCCACCUGACAGGUGUGGCAUAUCAAGGAGCUGAUUAAACAGCAUGAUCAUUACACAAGUGCACCUUGUACUGGGGACAAUAAAAGGCCACUCUAAAACGUGCAGUUUUGUCACACAACACAAUGCCACAGAUGUCUCAAGUUUUGAGGGAGUGUGCAAUUGGCAUGCUGACUGCAGGAAUGUCUACCAGAGAUGUUGCCAGAUAAUUGAAUGUUAAUUUCUCUACCAUAAGCCGCCUCCAACUUCAUUUUAGAGAAUUUGGCAAUUCGUCCAACCGGCUUCACAACCGUAGACCAUGUGUAUGGCGUUGUGAGGGCGAGCGGUUUGCUGAUGUCAACGUUGUGAACAGAGUGCCCCAUGGUGGCGGUGGGGUUGUGGUAUGGACAGGCAUAAGCUACAGACAACGAACACAAUUGCAUUUUAUCGAGGGCAAAUUGAAUGCACAGAGAUACCGUGACGAGAUCCUGAGGCCCAUUGUCGUGCCAUUCAUCCGCCGCCAUCACCUCAUGUUUCAGCAUGAUAAUGCACGGCCCCAUGUCGCAAGGAUCUGUACACAAUUCCUGGCAGCUGACAAUGUCCCAGUUCUUCCAUGGUCUGCAUAUUCACCAGACAUGUAACCCAUUGAGCUUGUUUGGGAUGCUCUGAUCCACGCACCUACCUUUUUUGAAGGUAUCUGUGACCAACAGAUGCAUAUCUACAGUUGAAGAUUACAUACACCUUAGCCAAAUAUAUUUAAACUCAGUUUUUCACAAUUACUGACAUUUAAUCCUAGUAAAAAUUCCCUGUCUUAGGUCAGUUAGGAUCACCACUUUAUUUUAAGAAUGUGAAAUGUCAGAAUAAUAGCAGAGAGAAUUAUUUAUUUCAGCUUUUAUUUAUUUCAUCACAUUCCCAGUGGGUCAGAAGUUUACAUACACUAAAUUAGUAUUUGGUAGCAUUGCCUUUCAAUUGUUUAACUUGGGUCAAACGUUUCGGGUAGCCUUCCACAAGCUUCCCACAAUAAGUUGGGUGAAUUCCUCCUGACAGAGCUGGUGUAACUGAGUCAGGUUUGUAGGCCUCCUAGCUCGCACACGCUUUUUCAGUUCUGCCCACUAAUUUUCUAUAGGAUUGAGGUCAGGGCUUUGUGAUGACCACUCCAAAACCUUGACUUUGUUGUCCUUAAGCCAUUUUGCCACAACUUUGGAAGUAUGCUUGGGGUCAUUGUCCAUUUGGAACAUCCAUUUGCGACCAAGCUUUUACUUCCUGACUGAUGUCUUGAGAUGUUGCUUCAAUAUAUCCACAUCAUUUUUCUUCCUCUUGAUGCCAUCUAUUUUGUGAAGUGCACCAGUCCCUCCUGCAGCAAAGCACCCCCACAGCAUGAUGCUUCACGGUUGGGAUGGUGUUCUUCGGCUUGCAAGCAACCCCCUUUUUCCUCCAAACAUAACAAUGGUCAUUAUGGCCAAACAGUUAUAUUUUUGUUUCAUCAGACCAGAGGACAUUUCUCCAAAAAGUACGAUCUUUGUUGCAAACCAUAGUAUGGCUUUUUUAUGGCGGUUUUGGAGCAGUGGCUUCUUACUUGCUGAGCGGCCUUUUAGGUUAUGUCGAUAUAGGACUUGUUUUACUGUGGAUAUAGAUACUUUUGUACCUGUUUCCUCCAGCAUCUUCACAAGGUCUUUUGCUGUUGUUCUGGGAUUGAUUUGCACUUUCCGCACCAAAGUACGUUAGUCUCUAGGAGACAGAAUGCGUCUCCUUCCUGAGCGGUAUGAUGGCUGCAUGGUCCCAUGGUGUUUAUACUUGUGUACUAUUGUUUGUACAGAUGAACGUAGUACCUUCAGGCGUUUCAAAAUUGGAUGAACCAGGAUGAACCAGACUUGUGGAGGUCUACACAUUUUUUUCUUAGCUGAUUUAUUUAGAUUUUCCCAUGAUGUCAAGCAAAGAGGCACUGAGUUUGAAGGUAGGCCUUGAAAUACAUCCACAGGUACACCUCCAAUUGGCUCAAAUUAUGUCAAUUAGCCUAUCAGAAGCUUCUAAAGCCAUGACAUCAUUUUCUGGAAUUUUCCAAGCUGUUUAAAGGCACAGUCAACUUAAAUGUAUGUAAACUUCUGACCCCCUGGAAUUGUGAUACAGUGAAUUAUAAGUGAAAUAAUCUGUCUGUAAACAAUUGUUGGAAAAUGUACUUGUGUCCUGCACAAAGUAGAUGUCCUAACCGACUUGCCAAAACUAUAGUUUGUUAACAAGGAAUUUGUGGAGUGGUUGAAAAACGAGUUUUAAUGACUCCAACCUAAGUGUAUGUAAACUUCCGACUUCAACUUUAUAUUCCCAGUCAUGUGAAAUCCAUAGAUUAGGGCCUAAUGAAUUAAUUUAAAUUGACUGAUUUCCUUAUAUGAACUGUAACUCAGUAAAGUCUUUGAAACUGUUGAAUGUUGCAUUUAUAUUUUUGUUCAGUAUAUAUAUGGAGAUAGUUUAGUGCCUAAAAUAAGGGGUUAAAUACAUGUCAAAAAAAUAUAGUUCCCUGAUCUUUCUUGUACUGUAUCUCUCAGAUAUAGGACAGACAAUUCAGAACAACCUCUGUCCUUGGGACACCAAGGGGUGCACGUUUUGGUUUUUGAGCAUUUGAAUCAGCUGUGUAGUGUUAGGGCAAAAACCAAAACGUGCACCCCUUGGGGUCCCGAGGUCCGAGUUUGGAAACGCUGCUCUAGAGGUUUAAGGCAAUGGUCUCUUGGAAACAUUCCUUGCAUAUCAUGGGAACAUUCCUAUGAAAAUGUUAGUUAAUGACCUAAAGUUGUGGGAAUGCUUGUCGUUAGCUGGUUUGUAAUGUCAUGAAGUUUAAUCAAAGAGCCUCUGAAAACCUAAUGAGGCCUGUUCUGUGUUUGUGUCUGUGAUUACGAUUGCUGUUAAAAGCCGUUUGAUUUAGAUGAAAGAUUACAGUGCCAUUUCCUCCCAUCAUUCCCCCGCCAAGUAAUUUCUAAUGAGCUAGUCUGUUACAGUUUCCACACAGCCCAUUUAACAGUUUGUGGUAAAUACAGGAGUUGAAAAGUUCCAUUUCCUAACCGAGGUUUCCGACUGCUUACGGAUUUGAUUGCAACACGCUACUUCAAGACCCAAAACAUAAUGUCUUAGAGGUUAACCAAGGCUGAAUCAUGGACUAGAAGGCUUGACUAAUUGUGUAGCUUCAAAGGGGCAAGGUCCUUGGUAAAUGGCACCCUAUUCCCUACAAAGUGCAUUAUAUAUGGAAUAGGGUGCCAUUCGGGAGGCAGACAUAGUUUAUGUAUGUAUACCAUGUGGUAGCGUUACCCUGGAGGCGUGCUGGCCUGGGCCCUGGGACCACAUGGCCUUAUGGGUAAUAAAACAGAUAAUGAGGACCAUGUGGAAACAACUGAACACACACACACACACAGGAGCAUGAAACGUUCUUUCAGUAAAGACAUUAGUGAUGAUUCAGCUGAAAUAUACAAGGAUGAACUCCAGGAUAAAUAUACGAUGUGCUCUGUUGUACUGAAAGACCUUCUAGAACACUGUAAUUACAUGGGAUGUGGUGAUCACUGUUUAUGUACCCAGACUCUGAAUAUUCAAACAGAAUAUAGGGUAUGUCUCUGUGUCUAGCUCGUGACCUGUCCGUCUGUCUGUGUCUGUGUGUCAUCUCUGUCUCUAAAGCGUGAUCUGUGUGGGAUGUCUCCAUCUCUCCCUCCUCUCUGUCUCUAACGUGUGUGUCCCUGUGUUGUCUGUAGGACAAUGCUGUAUGAGUGAUCUGUCCCUAAACAUGACAUGUCUGUGUCUCUAUGUCUGUAGGAUGGUGCUGUAUGAGUGAUCUGUCCCUAAACAUGACGUGUCUGUGUCUCUAUGUCUGUAGGACGGUGCUGUAUGAGUGAUCUGUCCCUAAACAUGACGUGUCUGUGUCUCUAUGUCUGUAGGACGGUGCUGUAUGAGUGAUCUGUCCCUAAACAUGACGUGUCUGUGUCUCUAUGUCUGUAGGACGGUGCUGUAUGAGUGAUCUGUCCCUAAACAUGACGUGUCUGUGUCUCUAUGUCUGUAGGACGGUGCUGUAUGAGUGAUCUGUCCCUAAACAUGACGUGUCUGUGUCUCUAUGUCUGUAGGACGGUGCUGUAUGAGUGAUCUGUUUAUACGUGAUCUGUCUGUGGUGCAUUGUCUAUUUCUCUGAACUUGGUCUAUCUUUGUCUCUCUGUCUAUAGGACAGUGCUGUAUGAGUGCUGUCCAGGGUACAUGAAGCUGGAAGGAAUGAAAGGAUGCCCUGCAGGUAUGUAGCUACAGUUGGUUACAGCAUAUGUAAUGUUAUAAGGUACAGGAUAUGCAGUGUACUCAAGUUUGUAGUGCACUUAAUGUUAUAGUGUACUUCAAAGAUUAAACAAGAGAUUAAAUGAAGACAUACCAAGGGGUAUUACGUUUUCUCAUUAAAUUCAAGAGUCACAACGCCACACCAACAUAAAGAUUCAGCUGGCACAUCAUCCCACCCAUGCAUGUUUCCUUUUAGCUUCAUCCAGCUGUCUUUGGGGUUCGUUAGAGUUGUUUUAAUGAGACUUGUGUGCGUCCCAAAUGGCACCCUAUUCCAUAUGUACUGCACUACUUUAGGGCUCUGAUCAAAAGUAGUGCACUAUAUUGGGUAUAGGAUGCCAUUUGGGAUUAACCCGGUAUGUAGGGGGAUGUAGUCAUUAUGGUACCUUCUCGUUCCACAGUGGCCCCUAUAGACAAUGUGUAUGCUACCUUGGGCCUGGUCAAGGCCAUCUCCACCCAGGAAUACUCUCACAUCUCUAAGCUGAGGGAGGAGAUAGAGGGAUCUGGGUCAUACACCUUCUUUGCUCCCAGCAACGAUGCCUGGGACUUGUUAGAUGGGGUAAGUCAGGAUACAGUGAGGGAAAAAAGUAUUUGAUCCCCUGCUGAUUUUGUACGUUUGCCCACUGACAAAAAAAUUAUCAGUCUAUAAUUUUAAUGGUAGGUUUAUUUGAACAGUGAGAGAAAAAAAGCAUGUCAAAAAUGUUAUAAAUUGAUUUGCAUUUUAAUGAGGGAAAUAAGUAUUUGACCCACUCUCAAUCAGAAAGAUUUCUGGCUCCCAGGUGUCUUUUAUACAGGUAACGAGCUGAGAUUAAGAGCACACUCUUAAAGGGAGUGCUCCUAAUCUUAGCUUGUUACCUGUAUAAAAGACACCUGUCCACAGAAGCAAUCAAUCAAUCAGAUUCCAAACUCUCCACCAUGGCCAAGACCAAAGAGCUCUCCAAGGAUGUCAGGGACAAGAUUGUAGACCUACACAAGUCUGGAAUGGGCAACAAGACCAUCGCCAAGCAGCUUGGUGAGAAGGUGACAACAGUUGGUGCGAUUAUUCGCAAAUGGAAGAAACACAAAAUAAUCUCCCUCGGCCUGGGGCUCCAUGCAAGAUCUCACCUUGUGGAGUUGUAAUGAUCAUGAGAACGGUGAGGAAUCAGCCCAGAACUACACGGGAGGAUCUUGUCAAUGAUCUCAAGGCAGCUGGGACCAUAGUCACCAAGAAAACAAUUGGUAACACACUACGCCGUGAAGGACUGAAAUCCUGCAGCCCCCGCAAGGUCCCCCUGCUCAAGGAAGCACAUAUACAGGGCCGUCUGAAGUUUGCCAAUGAACACCUGAAUGAUUCAGAGGAGAACUGUGUGAAAGUGUUGUGGUCAGAUGAGACCAAAAUGGAGCUCUUUGGCAUCAACCUAACUCGCCGUGUUUGGAGGAGGAGGAAUGCUGCCUAUGACCCCAAGAACACCAUCCCCACCGUCAAACAUGGAGGUGGAAACAUUAUGCUUUGGGGGUGUUUUUCUGCUAAGGGGACAGGACAACUUCACCGCAUCAAAGGGACGAUGGACGGGGCCAUGUACCGUCAAAUCUUGGGUGAGAACCUCCUUCCCUCAGCCAGGGCAUUGAAAAUGGGUCGUGGAUGGGUAUUCCAGCAUGACAAUGACCCAAAACACACGGCCAAGGCAAUAAAGGAGUGGCUCAAGAAGAAGCACAUUAAGGUCCUGGAGUGGCCUAGCCAGUCUCCAGAUCUUAAUCCCAUAGAAAAUCUGUGGAGGGAGCUGAAGGUUCGAGUUGCCAAACGUCAGCCUCGAAACCUUAAUGACUUCUGCAAUGAUCUGCAAUGAUCUGCAAUGAGGAGUGGAACAAAAUCCCUCCUGAGAUAUGUGCAAACCUGGUGGCCAACUACAAGAAACGUCUGACAUCUGUGAUUGCCAACAAGGGUUUUGCCACCAAGUACUAAGUCAUGUUUUACAGAGGGGUCAAAUACUUAUUUCCCUCAUUAAAAUGCAAAUCAAUUUAUAACAUUUUUGACAUGUGUUUUUCUGGAUAAUUUUUUUGUUAUUCUGUCUCUCACUGUUCAAAUAAACCUACCAUUAAAAUUAUAGACUGAUCAUGUCUUUGUCAGUGGGCAAACGUACAAAAUCAGCAGGGGAUCAAAUACUUUUUUCCCUCACUGUAAGUGUCAUCUCUCACAUCUGGAAAAUUCCAGGUAAUUCAGACAAUCAGUUGAAUCCACCAGCGAUAGUAGUAGGUUUUUUCAGUGCCCAAAACCAUUUUGUGCUUGUAAUGUGACCAUUUAAAAGAGCAACAACAUAAAACACAAGAAUGUGUGGCAUUGACCUGAACCCUACAGUCUGUUGCUGUAAGUCUUUGUCAUCACUUUAUGUUAAGUAUUUAUGUUAUCUUAAGCCUUUCUAUUCUGCAUUUCUUUAACAGGAAGUGCGUAGUGCGUUGGUGAGUAACGUGAACAUUGAGCUGUACAACGCUCUGCACUACCACAUGGCUAACAAACGCCUGCUGACCAAAGACCUGAAGAACGGCCUGGUGGUCGACUCCAUGUACAACGACCUGGGACUCUACAUCAACCACUACUCCAACGGGGUGAGCAUCCUACUAGACCUACACAACAUCAACUUUUCUGCAUCCCAAAUGGCACCCUACUCCCUUUGUAGUGCACUAAUUUUGACCAUGGUUUCUAUGCCAUGAGAUAGGAAAGUUGCCGUCAUGGAAAGCUAAGACUUUAUUGUGUGCAGGUAGUUAGUUGUUGAAGGCUGUGUUGUGUGCACAUUGGAGAGUUAAGAACGGUAUACUGUUGUGUGUUGUGUGUAGAUACUGACUGUGCUGUGCAUGUCCUAUGUGGUGUGUUGUUAUGUAUGAAGAUCGUGACGGUGAACUGUGCCAGGAUUAUCCAUGGCAACCAGGUUGCCACCAAUGGAGUGGUGCACGUCAUCGACCGUGUCAUCACUGCCGUGGGCAACACCAUCCAGGAUGUCAUCGAGGUUGACGAUGACCUCACCACUCUCAGUGUAAGUAUUUUAUUUUCUUCUGUUCUCUUCUCGUCCCGUCUUGUCUCUUCUCUUCUCUUUUUAUCCCUUUCCUUUCCUUUCCUUUCCUACCUUUCCUUUCCUACCUUUCCUUUCCUUUCCUUUCCUUUCCUUUCCUUACCUUUCCUUUCCUUCCUUUCCACUUUCCUCCUUUCCUUUCCUACCUUUCCUUUCCUUUCCUACCUUUCCUUUCCUUUCCUUUCCUACCUUUUCUUCUGUAUCAUUUUUCCUCUUUUCUCAUUUCCCCUUCUCGUCUCGUCUUUUUUAUUCUAUUCUAUUCGAUGUAUAUAUUCACACAGUAUUAAUGGAGCAUAUGAUGGAGGAUAUGAUGUGUUUUCUCCCUACAGGAGGUUGCUCUGGCCUCAGGCCUGCUGGACAAGCUGGGACAGCCCGGCCAGUACACCCUGUUUGCCCCCACCAACGAUGCCUUUGCCAAGCUGGACUCAGACGUGCUGCAACGACUGAUGGGUGACAAGGGUGUCCUCCAAGGUAAACCAAACCGCUGGGCCAGGCUUCAGCGCUCCAUCACCUCUCUGGAAUGCCUUCUAGAAAUACAGACAGCAGCUCACAGGAGAGUACUUUAAAGCAGAGGGGAGACAUAGAGACUUUAUAUAGAUCUCCAAACUCAGACCAUAUCCGUGUUUAAUGAGAUGAAGGUGCAGGAAAGUAACUCAAUGGUUCUCGCUCGCCAUGUUUGCAGGGCUGAGUAACCGCAGAGUUUUUACAUGUAAGCGCUUUUUCCUACUCAAAACAGAUGGAGCCAACUAGUUACAGUCUGAGCUGUGGAUUUGUAAUUCUCAGACAGUUGGCAAACUGAGCGUUCACCACAGUUGUGUAAGUGAGUAAUGAAAAAGAAAAGAGCACUUGUUUCAGAUGUUGGAUAAAAUAUGGUCUACGAAAUAAUGGCUAUUCAGACAUACACUUUCAUAUGGUGAAGCUUUUUGAUAAUUUGACAUGUUUACAAUCUAAACAUUUACUGUCACGCUAUAAUUUAUGUCUGGGUGGCACACAAUAAUAAAACACUCUAACUUGUUCAAAAACAUUUCCCAAGAGGUGUCGUUCAUCCGGUGCUAAACACCACAGGGCAGGAAGCAGAAAGCAGCUGGCUCUGUCUGUGUCCCAAAUGGCACCCUAUUCCCUACGUUCCAUACCUCAUACGGCUCUGGCCAAAAGUAGUGCACUAUAUAGGGAAUAGGGUGCCAUUUUGGGACACAUCCCAGUCAAAGGGUUGGGACUGGAAAGGUUCAGAAGGUUCAGAGCAUUAGGAGGGUUGGCAGUGGUGUGAUGAUCCCUAAUUUCUUUAUUAAUCCUGAGACUUCCCUGAGCUGUGAGAUCACGCCACUUCACACACAGUCAAACAGAGUCAAAUAUGGCAGUAAAAAAGUAAUGAGUCUCCCUGCACUCACUAGUCUCCCAACACCAGGACCCAAGGGAUCUAAGGGAUCUCCAGGUCUCCGAGUUUCAUAGGCUGCGUCGCAUAUGGCACUUGAUUCCCUAUUUAGUGCACUACUUUUGACCAGGGCCCAUAGGGAUCUGGUCAAAAGUUGAGCACAUAAAGGCCCUGUGCAGUCAAAAACAGGAUUUUCCUGUGUUUUACAUAUACUUAGUGGCCAGUUUAUUAGCUACACCCAUCUAUUACCAGGUCGGACCCCCCUUUGCCUCCAGAACAGCAAUAAUUAUUCUGGCAUGGAAAAGUUGAUCAAUUCGUAUCAAGGGACAUAACGUGUGCCAGGAAAACAUUCCCCACACCAUUACACUACCGCCACCAGCCUGUAUCGUUGACACCAGGCAGGAUGGGGCCAUGGACUCAUGCUGCUUACGCCAAAUCCUGACUUUGCCAUCAGCAUGAGGCAACAGGAACCGGGAUUCGCCGGACCAGGCAAUGUUAAUCCACUACUCAAUUGUCCAGUGUUGGUGAUUGCGUGCCCACUGCAGCCGCUUCUUCUUGUUUUAAGCUGAUAGAAGUGGAACCCGGUCUGGUCGUCUGCUGCAAUAGCCCAUCGGUGACAAGGACCGCCGAGUUGUGCGUUCCGAGAUACUUUUCUACACACCGCUGUUGUACUGCGCCGUUAUUUGCCUGUUUGUUUGUCUCACCAUUCUCACUCGUUUUGCCCAUUCUAACGUUCAUACGAACAGUUACUGGAUGCCUGUCUGCCUGCUUCAUAUAGCAAGCCACGGCCACAUGACUCACUGUCUGUAGGAACAAACCAUUUACCUAAUAAACUGGCCAACAAGUGUAUAUUUCCAAAUUGUGGAAAUUAUGAUAAUACACUUUUAGUCUUUACAUAUUUUACCUCUAGCUAAGGAGUUUUGUGCUUGAAGAAGGAUUUUUUUGUUAGGUUCAGUUUGAUAAUGUUUGAUAAUGUGCACCUGCUCAUUAGUUAGCUAGCUAACUAACUUUAGUUUGCUAACUGAGCCAGGCAGUCACACACACUUCAUAUGAAACAAAUGGGGUGGUAAAUGCAGCACAACACUAAAUGUUUUACUAAACUAGCUAUCUAGCAAGACGAUGAAGAAAUAGUUGUAUUUACUCUCCAUUUUCCCAUACUUCCAGUGCCAGUUCGCUUGCUAGUUAACGUUAGCUAAAUGGUUAGCAUUGACAGCUAACAGGCAGCUGCUUAAUUCAAAAAUAAAUCCAUUGUGAUUUAAUUAUAAUGUUGCUACCAGUUAUCUAGUUGUGGCCAUCUGGUUAGUAUCAACAAGGGCUCACUACAAAUUCUAGCUAGCAACAUUAGUGCGGUUCUUACUAUUGGCUAUAUCAUAAAAAUUUAUGAAAACAAAAAUGUGCUUUUUGGUCUUAAUUUAAGUUUAUGGUUAGGCAUAAGGUUAGCAGUGUGGUUAAGGUUAGGGUUAAGGUUAGGUUUAGGUUUAAAAUCACAUUUUAAGAAGAGAUGUUGUAGAAAUAGGCAGGGUGUAUGACUUUGUGGCUGUGGUAACUAGUGAUGACCCAUUAGCGCAGCUUGCUAGUUAUCUUACAUUAUUUACAGCAGGCACGAGCCAAACAAGCUACUACCACCUUAUGGCCUGGAGUAUUUAAACGAAGCAAAUCGAAGGUAAACUGUUCUAUGUGAACAACAAAAAGUUAACUGCUGACACUCUGGGCAGAGGUGCUAAGUACCUAUCGGCAAUCAGAUUUCUCUAUGUAUCUGACCCUUUAGAGCUGUUUGAAACGACCGCCUGAAAUUUCAGCUAGUUUUGGUGGGAGGGAGUUUUGGCCUUCCAUGGUGACAUCACCAUGGGAUAAAUUAGUUAAUAGACCAAUAAGAAAGAGAGUUCCAAACCUCUCUGCCAAUAACAGCUUUCCCCUCCCCACUCAAACCACUCCCAGACAGUCCUAGCUUGAAAACAAUCACAGUAAGGUACUCAAUUGUUACCCAGAAAUUAUUAGAUUUUGCGAUUUAAAUGGCUGCAUUGGAACUUUAAUGGAGAAUAGGGUGCAAUUUGGGAUGCACCCUGUGAUUCAUUUGCUAUUCUGAAGCCAUGCUGGAAAUGACAUAAUCCCAUGCAAAGGCGCCUCUGUUUCUAGCAGCCAACUAGCCUACUCUCAUGUUCAUGUUCAAAUCUCAGUCAAAUUCAUCCAGAAAUGUAAUACAGCCAUAAUACUAGGUAGCCAAGGAUUUGCCCAUACAAUCCGAAACGGUGCCAGAGCUUAUGAAAGUAUAAAAACCUAUACUAAUUUCCUCAAAGUUUUUUAUAGUCCUAAUGGAUCAUUCAUGGGUCAUUUAGCUAUUUGAUUUGGAAUUUUAGGACCCUUUAGGUAUCCCCCAAAAAGAUUUGAAUUUGGCCUUUACUACUAUAGCCCAUAGAAACACAUUGAAUAACACAUUUAUAAAUGGCCAAAAAAUAGAGUAAAAAAAUUAAUCAUAAGGACUAAGGUUUUGAAGUGUCUGUCCUAUAUCUAGAAGAUAUAAGAAAGCUCAGGAAAUAUUUUUGUUUUUAUGGACGCAUAGUUAAAACCCUUUAUUUGUGUUGGCACAAAACUACCUCCAAACUUCCAUUCAUUUGUAUGGGUUACCUUCAGACGAGCCCUGUGACACUUGUGGAGGUUGUAGAGCAAAACGAGUGUCUCCCCUUCCACAGCGGGGUCAUAUUAGUUUGUAGCCCAAAUGGUUCGGACGCUACAGACAGAAGUUGGCAGAUCAGCGUUACCGACUUCAGACGAGUCCGGUGGGACGUAUUCGUGAGAAGACUGAUUUUCGGGAUGUUUCAUGGUCUGACAAACACCGCUGUAGCUCGGCCACCUUCCACCGCAGAUGCAGAUGGCCGACAUAGGCGGAUGCGGUAGAUUGAGACAGAGCCCAUGCAAAAUAUCUCUAACUUAAACUGACAGGUUUUGAUGGGGAUUUUUUUAUUAUGUUACUGAGGAUUAAAAUGACGCCUGGCUAGUACAGUAUAUGAAGUCAAACAAAUAUCACUUUUCCCCGGAUGCUAGGCCAGUCAUGUCCGUAAUGUAGUAAACCAAACCAAACCAAAAUGCUGUUAAUCAAUAAGGAUACUGUAUGUAGGAGUGUCUGAGUGUGUGGGCCCGACUGACACUUUUCUCCUCUCUCCUCUCCUCUCCUCUCCUCUCCUCUCCUCUCCUCUCCUCUCCUCUCCUCUCCUCUCCUCUCCUCUCCUCUCCUCUCCUCUCCUCUCCUCUCAUCUCCUCUCCUCUCCUCCCCUCUCCUCUCCCUCCAGCUCUGCUGAACUUCCACAUGUUGAACUCUGUUCAGUGUUCAGAGGGCAUCAUGUCCGGCCAGACCUUUGAGACCCUGGAAGGCCACAACAUCGAGAUUGGCUGUGACGGGAACAGCCUGACGGUCAACGGCAUCAAGAUGGUGCUGAAGAAAGACAUUGUCACCACCAAUGGAGUCAUCCACCUCAUCGACGAGGUCCUCAUGCCUGACUCAGGUUAGUUCCCCCAUCUCGACCCACCUAAUAAUUAUACAUGUAAUUUGUAUAGUGCUUUCGUUACAGAGCUGUGCUCCUAACACACAUCUCAGAAUAUGCAUGAGUUUGUGUUUUUGCAUUUGCUUGUUGGAAUGUAAAUAGCAUAAAAUGUUUCACGAAAUACACAAUACCUUUAUUUAAAUCUCCCUUUGCUGUUACACUAGUCAACCAUACACAUAAGCAAAUAGAUAGAAACAAUGAUAUAAUGACGGCAAGACCAAGAUAAAAUCUAAACUCUGAAUAAGUGUAGAAGUGUUGAUCUUUCAGUGGUAGAGAAGCUUUUAAUGUUGUCUGUGUCCUCUAAGCUAAGCAGGUGAUGGAUCUGCUCACCCCUUCCCAGUCCACCUUCAGUGACAUGGUGUCAGAGCUAGGUCUGUCUGCAGCCAUGGCAGCCGAGGCAGAAUACACACUACUGGCCCCGCUCAAUUCUGUCUUCACUGGUGAGUAUACACUACACUCUUAGAAAAAAGGGUGCUAUCUAGAACCUAAAAGAGUUCCAUGUAGAACCAUUUCAACAGAGGGUUCUACAUGGAUCCCAAAAGGGUUCUUCCUGGAACCAAAAAGGGUUCUUCCUGGAACCAAAAAGGAUUCUCCUAUGGGGAGAACUCUUUUGGAACCCUUUUUUCUAAGAGUGUACUGGCCCUGCUCAAUUCUGUCUUCACUGGGGAGUACACAUCAUGGCCCCGCUCAAUUUUGUCUGUAACACAUCCCUCGUUCCCCUAAACACUCUUGAACGUCCUGAACUCUUUCCUUUCUUGCUCCUCUCUCUCUCUCUCUCUCUCUCUCUCUCUCUCUCUCUCUCUCUCUCUCUCUCUCUCUCUCUCGCUCUCUCUCUCUCCCUUUUCCUCUCUCUAGCUCCUCUGUCACCACUUUAUCACUACUCUCCUUCUUUCUCUUUCUCUCCUCUCAGCAGGUGGGUAAUGCACACUGAGCUCCAAACUGUGACAUUAGUCUUGUUGUCAUGCUGACUCACUAGUGAGCAAUAUACUAGACAUACUGUAUACGGGUCUCCUGAGGGAAGAGUGCCGGAAUGAUUCAUAGCUGGAGCUUUAUGCCAUGCAAACCCUAAGAAUACAUAAUUACCACUGCGCGCACACACACACACACACACACACACCGUAUAGGAACAUUGUAGACCUCACAAGGUGUGGGGAGAAAUAUCUCCUACCUUAAUCACACAUUUGUAACGCAUGUGUGAUAAACUGAACCAAAGUAUAUUAAUCAGUAGUAUGAUACACUAGCCUGCUGCACGUUGCAGGAAAGGAAAGAGUCCCCCAGGCUGGAAUAGCUGUGUUAUGGCGUUGAGCUCAUAAAUUCCUCCACUAAAUUGUUCUCUGAUUUAGACUCUACAUGAUUUGUCCAUUGUCGACGUACAGUACAGUACAGAACAGAACAGCUCUGUAUCUCAGACAGCUCAGCAGCUGUUAAAACGUCCUCUGUUAUUAGAGCCAUAGUUCCCUCUCUGGAGGAGGUAGCUCUUCUCCCGAAGGGACAUCAGUAUAUUAGGUAUGACGACCCCAGGGUAAUGCAGACUGGAACAGUCACUGACUGUAUCCCAAAUGGCACACUAUUCCCUAUAUAGUGCACUACUUUUGACCAGAGCCCUAUGGGAAUAAGGGCAUAAGGUGCAAUUUGUGACGCAGACACUGUUACAAUAUGGCUGAUCAAUCUGUUUAUAGGGAAGCUACAGAACCCAGGAGAUCUCCUAGAAAAGAAGGUUGAAAUUUUACAAUGACUGACUAGACGACCAGACUGCAUCAUUAGCCUAUAUUAUGACUCAUAUAACGAUAAUAAUCACAAUUUAACUUUUUAUCGUCUGCGUCCUGGGAAAACCUUUGAUCUACAUUUAUGCCGAAUCUGGGCUAGUUUCUAGAAAAGUUAUUGUUUGCAAACAGAUUUACUGUAAUCUUUUGAUCUGUACACGUCUGAGUUUUGCCCAAUACCGCGAGAUCCCCUGCAUUUGGCUGUAGUCUAUUGUGUGUUAAGUAAGUUAUGUAAGUCUGCUAUUAACCAUGUACAUACUGUAUAUAUAUACCAUGUAUAUCACCCUUCCAGACGAGGUGUCUACACAUAUGGGUUUUUGUCACGCCCUGGCUCUGGGGACUCUUGUAUGUUGAGCCAGGGUGUUAGUUUCUUUGUGUAGUGUCUAUGUUUCGUUUUCUAUGUUCUGUUCCAGGUUAUGUGUUUCUAUGUUGGCCGGGGUGGUUCUCAAUCAGAGGCAACGAGAAUCAGCUGUUGCUUGUUGUCUCUGAUUGAGAACCAUACUUAGGCAGCCUUUUGUGCACUUGUGAUUCGUGGGAUCUUGUUCCGUGUAGGUUUGUGUUUUGUUAACCGAGGACGUCACGUAUCGUUUGUUGUGUUAUUGUGUUGCUAAAUACUCUAUUAAAGAAGAUGUACGCAUAUCACGCUGCGCCUUGGUCCACUCAUUAUAACGAUCGUGACAGUUUUCUUUAAAAGAUAAGUUUACCAUGUAUAUAUUUACCAUGUAUACCAUCCAUCCAGUGGAGGUGAAGGUCCAUUUUUGCAGAAUUGGGGCUAGUUUCAAAAAAGCUAUUGUUUACAAACAGAUUUAAUGUAAUCUUUUGAUCUCUUACAAUGUAUCUAUAUGAAAUAUCUCAUCCUCCAGAUGAGGUGAUGGCCAUUGACCAGAGCUUUCUGAAGGUGAUUCUGGAGAACCACAUCCUGAAGGAGAAAAUCACUCUGGGACAGCUGUACAAUGGACAGCGCCUGGAGACCAUCGCCGGGAAGUUCCUCAGAGUCUUCAUCUACCGCACAGUGAGUAUGUGUGUGUGUGUGUGUGUGUUUGUGAGCGAGAGAGUUUGUGUGAGUACACGAAUGUGUGGGUGUGUGCAUGCAUGCGUGCACGUGUGCGUGUGUGCGUGCGAGUCCAUCUCUUGUCUCUGAACAGCUGGUCAAACACAAUGGCUGUCUGCCAUACAACACAUAUCAUUUUCACUGGGCUAUCCAUCUGCUGGACUGACUAAGAGUCUGUUAAUUCAGGAGCUAGCAGACUGUUCGUUUCCAUGCCUUAUAAAGAGCGACUUCAGCAGAUGCUCCAGUUUUAAAGAUGCUCAAAACAGAAGUUAGGUGGCUGGAGAACCAAUUAGUCUAGCUAGCUAACUAUCUGGCUAGUUAAUUAGUUAGGUGCUUAUGCUAGCAUACCAAAAUGCUCAAAUAUGUCAAUUUUGCUAAAAUUAGGAUAUUAGGACUUGAGUUACAUUAUUAGGAUAAAACCCAGAAAAACCGUUUUUGAGUUCAGUUUUCGCUAAAGUGGUUCUUUAACCUGUUUACCCUGUGUCCUGUCUGUCUGUAGGCGGUGUGCAUAGAGAACUCCUGCCUGGUGCGCGGCAGCAAGGAGGGCAGUAACGGAGCCCUCCACCUGAUGAGGACUCUGAUGAAGCCAGCUGAGACCACCAUGUUCCAGAUCCUCACUGACAACGGAGGAUUCAAGUAAGCUGCUUGGGGACAUAUAGACUGUGUGUGCUUUAUCCUGGUCCCAGAUCUGUAUGUGCUUCAGCCAAUGAAAUAGUCAGAUAAGUUAGCUCAAGCUCAUACAGAUCUGAGACCAGACUAGUGGAAGGAUUUUGGUCAACUUUUGUGGCCAACUCAUGAAUAUACUGUAUAUUAAACUCGGAGUACAAUCCUGUCUCUCCCCCUACUCCUGCUUGAGAAAGGAUGUUCUUUAGCAAACCCAAUAGCCAGAGAGUCAGAGAGAGUUCACUAAUCAAACAGAGUUCAAUCAAAUUCACACAGACCUGGGAGCAGGCUGGGAAAUGUACUAAGAGUUUAUACAGACCAGUGGGCCAACUUCUUUCCAAAUCAUGUAUACCUCUUGCAAGUUAUCUUUUUAUCUAAAUAAUACCAAGGAUCUCAUCACUGAAGAGGAUCCUUUUCUAUAGCUCAAUCGGUUCGUACAGGCAGUCACAUGUGUUGACGAGGUAGAGAACCUUGGUUAAAGCCCAGUCAGAGACGAGUUCAGGAAGGCAGCGCUAUAUGCUAAGCUAUCACACUGGCACCAGUUAUAUCUACCCUCAGUGGUUGUCAUGAGAGCCAGGUAACUAUUUCCUUCAUCAUGUUUUGGUUGCAGGAUCUUCCUGUCACUGAUGGAGACGGCUGGUCUGACUGACCUACUCAAACAGGAAGGAGAAUACACUCUGUUCACUCCCAGUGAUGAGGCCUUCGCUGGCAUCAGCGACAGCGACCUGGCUCUGCUCAGAGGUUGGUUCGUCUCUCAGACUCUCCCUCUCUCUCCGUCCCUCUUAGUCUGUCUCAGUCUCUCUAACAAAAAUCAUAGCCAGAGGUUUUUCUAGUCAGGCCACAUCGUGGUGGUCAGGAAAAAGUGCUGACUUUAACCAUACAGUAGCUACCAUAGCUACUAGCUAUCUCCUAAAGGUUGUAAUGUCAAAGGAACAUCCAUAAGACUUGAGUAGUUGUAUGUGCGAUACGUACUCUGGUUCCAUAGUCUUCCGUCUAAAGUCCUGUCUGUCCUGGCCAGGUAAUGUGAACGCCCUGCGGACCAUCCUGCUCUACCACUUCAGUAACGGAGUGUUCAUCGGCGGAGGUCUGGAGACUGGGGUGACCAACCUCCUCAAGUCUCUGCAGGGCAACAACCUCCGAGUGCUGCAUGUGAGUCCAAACCUCUCAACACUCAACAAGGCUUUAAAUAUAAGAAAUCAUGGCAUUUUCCAAUGUACGUUUUCAGAAAAGCCGCAACAAAACCAUGCAUGUAUCACAAAGAUCCUGAAGAGAUUGUACAAUAUCCAGGCUCUGUCGUAGCCGGCCGCGACCGGGAGACCCAUGGGGCAGCGCACAAUUGGCCCAGCGUCGUCCAGGAUAGGGGAGGGAAUGGAUGUAGCUCAGUUGGUUGAGCAUGGUGUUUGCAACGCCAGGGUUAUGGGUUCAAUUCCCAAGGGGGGCUAGUAAAAAAAAAUAUAUAUAUAAAAUAGAAUAAUGUAUGCACUCACUAACUGUAAGUCGCUCUGGAUAAGAGCGUCUGCUAAAUGACUCAAAUGAAAAUGAAAAAAAUACAAUGUUUACAGUGAAUCAAGAGCCUCUCAUCCUGAUCCACUCAGUAUUACUAACAACCACAAUCCUUUGUCAUCAACAAUAUAAACAAAUGUUUAAACUAGGAAUUAUGGCUAACUAUUACUUCUUGGAACUUAUAUAUACAGUAUAACACUUAAACAUGUUUGGGAAAAGAGGAAGUCUAAAAUAAGAGAAACCAGAACAGUAUUUAUUGGAUGAACUUCCCCAGAGACAACUUCCCCAACAUAAUUCAUGCUGACAAAACUUGGGAUUUCGCAAAGGCUUGCAUUGACCUUUGAUAUUUACUAUUGAAAUGUUGGGUUAAUUGUAUGUUUAGCUUUUAAGUUUUAUUACAGCAAUGUCCUUAGGUUCAUAUUCUAAGAUCAUAAAAACAUUUCCUUUCUUAAAAUAAAGCAGAAAGCCAUGUGAGGUCCCUGGAUGUUUGUAGUGCAGCCUAUUCAUGAUUUAGUUUAGAUUACAUUUUACCCAACUACAGAUAGUUGCAUUUCACAGCUACCAAUUACUUUACACCAGACGAAGUUAAGCUACACUAAAGCUACCCUUAAAAAAGAUAGUUUACUUAACUAAAGUUACUUUUAAAAAGUAGUUCACUAUAUCCAAACUACUUUGAGAUAAAUGAUCAUAUGUAAAUCUGAAAUGUCGUAGACUACAAAUUGCAGGAACAUAUCACUUUGGGGUCAUAUGUUAACAGCAUGUUUAAUUUUUCCUAUUAAACACAAAAACAAUGUUUCAAGUGAGAAUUAGGCAUGUCUGAUGCCAAAAAAUAAAAUACAUUCUUGCCUACUUCACCCAUAUUUUAUUUUUGCAAAAAAAGUAGUGUGUUAGUAGUUCCAGUAGUUCGCUACACAGCUACAAGGCAUAAAAGUAAUUAACUACUGAAAACACUAUCAAGUUUUGAAUUUAGUUAAACUAGCACCAAGUUACUGCAAAAUGUAGUUAAGCUACUAGUUGAACUACAUGUAGUUCACUACUCCCCAACACUGACUGUUGCAAUUGUUCUGUAUAUACAGUGCAUUCAGACAGUAUUCAGAACCCUUCACUUUUUCCACAUUUUGUUACGUUACAGCCUUAUUCUAAAGUGGAUUCAAUUGUUUUAUUUCCUCACCAAUCCACAAACAAUACCCCAUAAUGACAAAGCAAAAACUGGUUUUAGAAAUGUUAGCAAAUGUAUUUUAAAAACCCCGGAAAUAUCACAUUUACAUAAGUAAUCAGACCCUUUACUCAGUACUUGGUUGAAGCACCUUUGGCAGCGAUUACAGCCUCGAAUCUUCUUGGGUAUGACGCUACAAGCUUGGCACACCUGUAUUUGGGGAGUUUCUCCCAUUGUUCUCUGCAGAUCCUCUCAAGCUCUGUCAGGUUGGAUGGGGAGCGUCACUGCACAGUCUGAGGUCUUGAGCGCUCUGGAGCAGGUUUUCAUCAAGGAUCUCUCUGUACUUUGCUCUGUUCAUCUUUCCCUCGAUCCCUGCUGCUGAAAAAAAUCCCCACCGCAUGAUGCUGCCACCACCAUGCUUCACCGUAGGGAUGGUAUUGGCCAGGUGAUGAGCGGUGUCUGGUUUCCUCCAGACGUGAUGCUUGGCAUUCAGGCCAAAGAGUUCAAUCUUGGUUUUAUCAGACCAGAGAAUCUUGUUUCUCAUGGUCUGAGAGUCCUUUAGGUGCUUUUUGGCAAACUCCAUGCAGGCUGUCAUGUGCCUUUUACUGAGGAGUGGCUUCCAUCUGGCCACUCUACCAUAAAGGAGUGAUUGGUGGUGUGCUGCAGAGAUGGUUGUCCUUCUGGAAGGUUCUCCCAUCUCCACAGAGGAACUCUGGAGCUCUGUCAGAGUGACCAUCAGGUUCUUGGUCACCUCCCUGACCAAGGCCCUUCUCCCCCGAUUGCUCAGUUUGGCUGGGCGGUCAGCUCUAGGAAGAGUCUUGGUGGUUCCAAACUUCUUCCAUUUAAGAAUGAUGGAGGCCACUGUGUUAUUGGGGACCUUCAAUGCUGCAGACAUUUUUUGGUACCCUUCCCCAGAUCUGUGCCUCGACACAAUUCUGUCUCGGAGCUCUACGGACAAUUCCUUCGACCUCAUGGCUUGGUUUUUGCUCUGGCAUGCACUGUCAACUGUGGGACCUUAUAUAGACAGGUGUGUGCCUUUCCAAAUCAUGUCCAAUCAAUUGAAUUUACCACAGGUGGACUCCAAUCAAAUUGCAGAAACAUCUCAAGGAUGAUCAGUGGAAACAGGAUGCACCUGAGCUCAAUUUCAAGUCUCAUAGCAAAGGGUCUGAAUACUUAUGUAAAUAAGGUAUUUCUGUUGUUUAAAAGAAUUGCUUUGUCAUUAUGGUGUAUUUUUUGUAGAUUGAUGAGGGGAAAAAAUAUUAAUCACACAACAAAAUGUGGAAAAAGUCAAGGGGUCUGAAUACUUUCUGAAUGCACUGUAAUGUCAUCAAUGCCAACCUAUUUGAGAAACACAUGGCGCAUUACCAGCUUGUACUCAUAACUCAUCUCAUUGUGGUUGUCUUGUCUGUUAUCAUCCCAUCAGUGUUUUGAUCUUAAUCCUCUCUACUCCUCUCCUUCAGGCUAACAACACAAUCAGAGUGAACUCUAUUGAGGUCCCUGAACAUGAUAUCAUGGCCACUAACGGAGUCAUUCACUUUGUCAAAACCCUCCUCUACCCCGGAGGUAAGACUGACUCAAACCUCUCUGACUGCCAGCUCCUCUGUUGGAGAAACUGAUUAUACCCUGAUUAUAUUGUCAUGUGUUGAGAGACACACUGUGCAGGGAAUAAUGUAUUGAUAUAUUAUAAAUAUUUAGCAGUGCUCAAUGGUUCAGUACGUCUAACACCCUGUGCUGUUCUGUAUGUACCCUAGUGUAAAGUGCUACCAGUAUGUCUAACACCCUUUAAUGUAUUGUCCUGUAGAGCUGCCUGUUGGAAACUCUGACCUCCUGGGGCUGCUGAGAAGACUCAUCAAGUACAUGGAGAUCAAGGUACACCCACAUAAAGGAACAGACCACACAAAUAUAAUGAACCAAGACAAUAGGCCACACCCACAUAACUAUCGUAACCACAGCAUUACUUACAGUACAGAACAGGGCCAGACAUGUUCUUAUGAUUAGGAAAAUGACUAAAAUGUAAUUAGGGAGAACCCUGAGCUAGCAAGAUGAGAUUAACGUCUAAGUGUUUGUUACAAAAUUACCUUAAGAUGACAAGACACCAUGUAAAGCCUUGAACAAAUACAGUACCUACCACAUAAUAGAGGCAGAUAUGUCUCCUUCCUUCACGAGCCCCAGGCAGUGCAUCUGAAGGUUCAAUGUUGCCCUCUGCAUUGGAGUUGAGCAGAACGGUGUGUACACAGACCUACAAUAAUAUGGUUUACAGCCUCUAAUCCUUCUUUCUAUUCAUUCACAGUUCGUGUCAGGGUACAGCUAUAAGGAAAUUCCCCUCACAUUCAUGAGUGAGUACAACAGCAUCAGUCCAAGUCUUAGAUGUCCCCUGUACCUUUUUGCAUUGCAACUAUUUGUAAUUUUGUUGUUGUCCAGUGACUAACUGCUGUGUGUCUUCUGUUUCCUUCAGAGAGGACGACCAUCACACGCGUCAUUGAGUCAGGUAAGUUACAGUUAAAGGAUCGAAGCAACAUCCUUCAUGCAUAAAUCUUAGCAUUGUGUAGGACACUGAGUGUACAAAACAUUAGGAACACCUUCCUAAUAUUGAGUUGCACCCCCUUUUGCCCUCAGAACAGCCUCAAUUCAUUGGUGCAUGAACUCUACAAGUUGUCGAAAGCGUUCAACAGGGAUGCUGGCCCAUGGUGACUCCAAUGCUUCCCACAGUUAUAUCAAUUUGGCUGGAUGUCUUUUGGGUGGUGGACCAUUCUUGAUACACAUGGGAAAUUGUUAAGCGUGAAAAAUCCAGCAGCGUUGCAGUUCUUGACACACUCAAAUUGGUGCACCUGGCACCUACUACCAUACCAUCUUUUGUGUUGCCCCUUCACCCUCUGAAUGGCAAACAUACACAAUCCAUGUCUCAAUUGCCUCAAGACUGAAAAAUGCUUAUUUAACCUGUUGACUCCACUUCAUCUACACUGAUUGAAGUGGAUUUAACAAGUGACAUCAAUAAGAGAUCAUAGGUUUCACCUUGUUAGUCUAUGUCAUGGAAAGAGCAGGUGUUCCUAAUGUUUUGUACACUCAGUGUAUAUUCAUUUUACAUUAUAUAUCACAGUUAGUCUUGGAAAGACUUGAAGACAUUGUGCUACAAGAGUUGAUAGAAUAUUUGGCACAGUUCAGAUAGGGAGGAUCUCGGCCUUCAAUGAGAUUCAUGACCCACGUCCAAGAGGAAAAAACAUUAUGGCUGUUCAGAUAAUUACAGUACAGACAGCAACAAAAGAAGACUUGCCGUAGUAGCAGACACCUGGGAAGGUUCUACCUGUUCUGGGUAAAAUAACCGUUAUUUAUUGGGCUUAAUCCUGACCUAUGUUUUGUGUGGUUAAUUCUUGAUGUCAAAGAGAAAUAUGCACAGAAGUUCAAGUUACUGUUUAUGCAAUUAUCUCCAGUCAAGAUUCUGAAAAAGGUAUUUGCUACUCUAAGCGGAAAACUGAUGUCUUGGAGAAAGCCUUUACUCGGAAAGUAUUCGCAAAGCACAUAUCCACGUGGUCUUUGAUUAUGUAAUAUAUUCCAGUCAUAUGAGUCCUUUUAGAGCCAGUGAAAGGUUGCCAUUCAGUCUAAUUCGAUAAAAACCAUAAACUACAAUCUCUAUUAAUCAAGGAGUAGAGGAACCACUGACACAUUACAUGUCUGUAGUUCAUGGAGUCUAGAGUUUUUAAGUUCAUUUGGACCUUCAGAUCUUACUAGUUUGCCCUUUAAACUUCAUGUUCUUCAAUUAUGCUUUUGUUGUUAUUUAUUCCAGUUGUUAAACUUGUUGUCCUCUCUCUCUUUCUAAAGUGCCUGAUGUGACCCAUGUGACUAGGGUUAUCGAAAGGGAACCUACCAUCACCAAGGUGACAAGGGUGAUUGAGGGACAGCCUGCCAUCACCAAGGUAACACCAAUGUAACAAACCAUGUUUCAGCCGUUGUACCCACCCAUGUAACCACCAAAUCACUUUGAGGAUCGGGAAAAGCGUUACAUAAAUCUAAUACAUGAUUAUGAUUAUUAGGUGACCAGAGUCAUUGAAGGCGAGCCAAAGUUCACCAAGGUCACUAGAGUCAUCGAGGGAGAGCCCAAGGUCACCAAAGUUACCAGAGUGGUCUCAGGUACGUACCUCACAGACACACAGGUCUUUCUUGACUCCUGUCCAUGAGGUCUGAAGAACUCUGGGUACAUAUCAGCAUGUAAAUAAACCUGUUUUGGUCUAUUGUUGCUAUAUGGUGUAUUGAUGCAUUAUAUGAAACAAAGAAGGGAGUGUUUGAGUUGCUGAGGUGAGACACAGGUCUACAGAUGUUAAUGUGUUGUACUGAAUGCCCUUUACUGUACGUCACCCCUGGAUCAUGACUCCUACAGCUGCCACUCUGUGAAAACAUUAUGUUUCCAUGUGAAGACUAAUGUAAUGUGUCGAUAUGAUGUCAUCCACAGGUCCUCAGUACUCAGCCAGCAGCAGUAGUAUCUCCAACAUUGAGCUGGAAGGUCAGUAACAUUACCCCUCUGGUCGUAGAUAGAUAACUUAAUAUAGAGGAAAUAAUGCCAUGUUUAAUUGUAAACAGGUUCUGUUGGAAUCUGGGUUGAGAGACUGACAAUCAGGAUUCAAACUAACUGUCACAUUUCCACCCAAAAUAUUUGGCUUAGUGGGCAGAAUUAGUCAAUUGUCCAAUAGAAUUGCUUGUUUCGUUAGAAUACAUAAUUUUCCCAUCUGUGACAUAUACAGUACCAUCCCUGUCUCCGUCCUGUAGGUGCUGACUUCUCCCAUAUCUCCACCAUCGAGGGGAACCCCUCAAUGCUCGACAUGGACUCUGAAAAAAUCACCAAGUUCAUCCAAGGUAAGAUACACAUCUAAACUCCACUCAACCUCACUGGGUUCUGUAAGGUUCUGUAGUGAUUAAGAUAUGGUUCCUGUUGUGACUAGGGUUUGGAUUCAGUAGGGUUCUAUUGUGACUGAGGUUUGGGUUCUGUAGGGUUCUAUAAUGACCAACAUUUGGGUUCCUAAAGGUUUUAUAAUGACUGAGGUUUAUAUUUGUCUUCACAGAGGGAAACCCGAGACGAGUAACUGGCAGGAGAAUUCCAGGUAAAACAUGAUUCCUUGAUAACAUAACAUAAUGUUAGACCGUGUUGGGGGGAUUCAAAUGAUGGGUAAUGUCAUCCUAUGAGGAUCUGUAAUUGCGACCAUAGAAAUAGAAUGACCACCCAUCAUUGAACAUUGACUUGAACUUUAUUUCUAUGAUUUUGAGUGUAUGAUGAUCUUUCUGUUGUCUCUGUUCCUAGCUGGUGCCAGGAGGAGAGUCAGACCAGAGGAACAAAGAGCAUGAACAUGGACAGACCAGGUGACUGAAGACGCACCAGCAACCAGAGAGGAACAACAGAGAUAAUGUCAAUGAACGGUCUCCCAUAAAAGCUCUACACUCCAAAUGAUGUGUGUGUAGACAUACAGAACUUGAACUUAGUGAGACCAGAAAAGCAAUUUUCUAAACAAAACAAAAAUCAUUGGUGCAUGUAUCUAAAGGUAACUAAAAGCCAUCAAUAUAUGUAAAUAGAGUAUGCAUAUUUGGUUUUUUGGGAGGGUUAAUUAGAGAUAAAAGAUUAGAAGCUAGCCAGGGGUAGCAAAAUAAUCUUUGAAACCAAGCUAUUGGAAGCUUUGACCAUUGGUUGAGGUGAUACGACAGGAUUUUUAGGAAGAUUUCAUAAUUUACCUCUGCAUGAUAUCGAGUUUGUGGUGCUCACAUAAAAAUAAAAAAAUGAAAAUGUGAUUGCUGUUUUCUGACUGUAACUUAAUUUCUGCGAAUGUUGAUAUUUAUCUACCAGAUGUAAUUUCAGCUCUGAUCUGAAUGUCACAGUAGUGUGUUUGCGUUCUCUUUCUGCCUUUCUGUCUGACUGUCUGUUAUUCUACCUAGCUAACCAUUCAGAUAUUGAUCUUGUCUUUGCUUUUCGAUGUUUCAAAUGUGCAACAUUCUGACAAACGUAACUUUUCACAUAUUCUCAAUAGCUUUUUUUACUGCAGUUUUCAAAACUUUUUCAAUAAAGUAUAUUCUUGGAAAUGAAAUGUAUCAUUCGCCAGGAGAAAAACUUUAGUUGGAAAACUUUUUAGUAGUCCAUCGCUACAAGGAAUUCAAGUCAAGUAAAAUUUUUGAAUCACAUUUACCCAAUUUGAGGAGAAGAUGUAUGAUAACAAUCUAAUUUGUGUCUACUGGUCCCUGCCUACUUAAUGAAGUACAUUGUCUUAGUAUAACGCUAGUUGUUUGGGGAGGGGGAAAGGGGGUUG